AUGGCACCAAUAGACGCUGGAACCAUGUCAAAGCCACAAAAGCCUGUGAGGCAGGACUAUAUUGCCAAGGUUCGUUACAUCAAUAACUUGCCUCCGCCACCUUUGCACCCCAAAUUUCUCAAGUACAAUGUGAGUGAGCAAACUACACCACACGAAGAAAAUGAGAAUCUUAUGAGUUCGCUUUUCAGAAAGGAAAACUUUCUCCUGUUCAUUGGCCAGGUGGACGAAGAAUAUGGAAUGCCUAUCAACCCACUUCAGAGCCGUGGCUUCUUGGACGGUUCCAACGAAAAGGCCAUCUUUGCUAACAACGCUGUGCCUUUACAUCCAAAAGACAAAGUUCUUAUGAGAGACGCAGGUAUCGGCAAUAUCAACAAGUCUGAGCCAGGUGUUUCCUUCUUGAGAAGAACUGAGUACAUUGCUGAACGACUGGCCACAAGUCGAAGUGAAGACAGAGCUGCCUCCGCUGCCAGAAAGGAGGAGCAAGAGCAAAUUGAUCCAGAAGCUCAGUUGCAGGCUGUGGAACAGAGUUUUGACCGUGCACAAGAUUCGUUGAACGAGAUAACAAAAUUGAGACACCCACGUAAGAAGCAAUUGCGUGCGGUUGCUGCCUGGCCACUUUUGCCAGACACUUCAAUGAUGGACACCAAGUUUUUGUCUGUCAAGUUUACUGGAUCUGCAUCAUUGAACAGAGAAUUGCAAACUUUGAAGCGAAAGGAGGGAUCGUCUUAUGACGAGGAAUUCCAGAGGAAAUCGUUAUUGACGGCUAUCUACAAGCCAAUUACUUCUGAGGAUGGUGAGUGGGUGAGUUUCUACCACAUGAAAGACAAGAAGGGCGUGGAAGACUUAGCCGAAAAGUUGACCUCUACGGAAAAAGAGCAACCGGUUAACUUAUUAGAUGAUGAGGAUCAAGACUUGGAAGUUUUCAAAUUCAAGCACUUCAAGAACUUCGACAUGCAAUACCAGAGGUUCAGUAAACCUCUCGAGGAGCUUGCAUUGAAAUUUGUUUCCGAAGAGCCGGGCUCUAAGAAACGUAAAGCUGCAUACUACUAUCCUAUUUCGGGACGUGUGGAGUUGAAAAAGCACAGAGCAUCUACAAAUACAGAAAUCAACAGGUUCUUGAACGAAAGCACCACAGAUGUCCUCAAUUUCAAGGUACGUGAACCAAACACUAAUGAGUUGAAAAGGAUGGACAAUAUUCGCUCUGAGUAUGAUCCAAUGGAGUAUGAAGGAGAAGACGAGGAGGACGACGAGGAAGAUGCCGAAUUCGCUGGCAAUGACAACGGGGAGGAAGACAUUGCAGCAGAGUUUGAUAGAGCCACCGAGGCUGAGAGUAGUUAG